UAUUAAAAAAAAAAAAAAAAAAAAAAAAGUAAUUUUCGUAAUUCCUACUUGUAGAAGUCCUCCGCGUUAUUUUUCUUCCUAAAGUAAGGUCGAGCGGAAAACCUAGAAGUGAAAGACGAAGAAGCUACAACAAUGGCGACCUUAGAGGAGAAACCAAGUAAGAGUAAUGGCGUUGUGAAGGAAGGCAACAAUCUAUUAGGCUCACCCACUUUCCAACCACUCGAUAAUGGCCGUUUCAAAUGUGUCGAAACUGGCCAUGAGUUGCCUGCCCACGCUCAGGACUCUUAUUCUCAGAGUAAACGAUGUCGUAUUGGCCUCAUUGACUUCGCUUUGACUCAUAGCAAACCCCCUCUCAACAUGUUCAAGCAAGACCCUCUCAAUAGCUCUAAGGUAAUCUGUAAAUUAACUGGCGAUACUGUAAACAAGUCUGAAGAACAUAUAUGGAAACAUAUAAACGGAAAGCGAUUCUUCAAUAAACUCGAGCAAAUGGAAGCUGAUAAAUUGUCUGGUAAUGGAGAUGUUGAAAUGAAAGGUGAAAAACAGGGAAAGGGAGGGUUAAAGGGGAAGGAAAAUGGUUCAGAUAAGAAAAAGAAGGACAAGAAAAAGAUGAAGGAGAAGAAGAAGGAAGAGAUAGUUUCUGAGAUGAGAGAUUCAACGGUUGAUACUGAUUCUGAGGAACUUGAAUUCUGGAUACCGCCUGAAGGCGAGCGUUGGGACUUUGAUGAUGGGGGAGAUAGGUGGGGAUCAGAUUCCGAAUCAGGCGAUCAACAUGAAGAAGAUGAUGGGGAAGGUGUAGAGAAUGAAGAGGAGCACAAUAUGUCUGCUGAACUUUCUACAAGGGCAAAGAGGAUGUCGAUAGAAAUUGGUCCAAGUAGUUUUGCUUCACGAAAGAAAAAGAGCAAGACAAAAUCCCCAUGAAAAAAAAUUGAUCAUGGCAAGUUAUUAGAAAGGUAGAAUAUCAUGUACUGAUAUUUACCUUCACUUUUUGGUUCUAGUGUAGUUUAAUUUCUUCUAAUUCUGUAUUGUACACUUGUAUUAUUAGAAAAACCAGACUUAUAAUUUCACAUCAGAAGGAUGUGGAAUCUGGCAUCAUGCUAUUGUAUUAAUGUGUUUUCUUUGAA